GAGAAUCCCAACCCCCGAGACAACUCUCCGGCCCGAACACGCUCCCAUCUCUUUUCUCGCCGCCGAUCCAGCCGGGGAAAAUUACUACCCCACAGUCACGACCGCGCACGGCGACGGCGGCCACACAGCAUACCCCGCCGCCACGAUGCCGUCCGCCUCCAGCGCCGUCCAACCCGCCGCGGCGCCGGGAGACGAGUCCCAAUCCCAGAAGGUCCUCCUCGGAAGGUACGAGCUGGGCGGGCUCCUCGGCCGCGGGGCGUCCGCCAAGGUGUACCGGGCCAGGGACCUCCUCACGGGCCGGGACGUGGCCAUCAAGUCCUUCCCCAACCCGCGCGCCGGCGGGCGCGACGGCGAGGGCUCGGCCGGGACCGCCGCCAUCGAGCGGGAGGCGGCCAUCCUCGCCCGCCUGCGCCACCGCCACGUCGUGAGGCUGCACGAGAUUCUCGGGACCCGCAAGAAGGUCCACUUCGUCCUCGACCUCGCCGCCGGCGGCGAGCUCUUCUCGCUCGUCGACUCCGACGGCUGCAUGACGGAGGACCUCGCGCGGCAUUACUUCCUCCAGCUCGUGUCCGCCGUCCGCUACUGCCACUCCCGCGGCGUCUACCACCGCGACAUCAAGCCGGAGAAUUUGCUGCUCGACGGCGACGGCGACCUCAAGGUCGCCGACUUCGGCCUCGGCGCCGUCGCGGACGAGAGCCUCCACCACACCCUCUGCGGCACCCCGGCCUACGUCGCGCCGGAGAUUCUCUCGAAGCAGGGGUACCACCCGGCCAAGGUCGACAUCUGGUCCUGCGGCGUGGUGCUCUUCGUCCUCGCCGCCGGCUACCUCCCCUUCAACGACGCCAGCCUCAUCAACAUGUACCGCAAGAUCUACGCCGGCCGGUUCCGGUGCCCGUACUGGUUCUCGCCGGCGCUGCGCCACCUGCUGCGCCGCAUCCUCGACCCCAACCCGGCCACGCGCAUCGACACGGACGGCAUCCUGGAGCACCCCUGGUUCCGCCACGGCGCGAGCGGCGAUGGCGAGCUGGAGAAGCUGAUGCGCGGCCACGAGGAGGAGGCGUGGUUCAAGACGGAGUUCAAGGAGGACAUGGCCCGCGACAUGACCGCGUUCGACAUCCUGGCCUUCUCGCCCGGCUCGGACCUCUCCGGGCUGUUCGUCGCCGGGCCGGGCACGGAGCGGGUGUUCGUGGGCGAGCCCGCCGCGGCCGUGCUGGCCCGGGUCGAGGACGCCGGGAAGAAACAGGGCUACGGCGUGAGGAGGGAAGGGAAGGGCCGCGCCGGGCCGGUGUACGUGGAGGCUGAGGCCGGCGGCAUUGUCGCCAAGGUGACCGUGUUCCGGAUCGCCGACGCGGUGUCGGUGGUGGAGGUCGUCAAGGGCCACGGCGCGGAGGCCGCGGCGUUCUGGAGCGACUGGCUCGAGCCGGCCGUGAAGCCUCAGGCAGUGUGAAAAAGCUGCCGAGUGCGAGCCGGGUCGGGAAUAUCAUAUCGCCUCGCCGUGCCGUGCCGGCGCCGGCAUGCCGCCGCCGCCGAGGGCGCGUGUGGUCGGAGAUUUGUUGUUUCAAACUUCCAAUGGCGAAUUCGUUUGGUUUUUCUUUUCUUUGGGUCGUGUUUGAACUUGCAAUGGCAUGCCACGGCACUGCAAGUGUGCUGGUGACUGCAAAACCUGGUCGGCGGACCUGCUCUGUAUAUACUGUGGGAGGGAAGAAUUCUUGCCAACUCGAGGCAACAAUCGCCGUCAUCAACAACUCACAGGGCCUGCGCACGACCGCAUCGACCGCCGGCAUGAACCUCGCCUCCCGGGCGGGGCGGAGAAGUACAAUGAACCCGGACCGAAAACUUGCACAGAAGCACAACGACCGCGGUGGCGGCGCCAUCGAACUCUCGGCUCGACGAGUCAACUAUAGGCCUAUAGCAGGAGAGCAAGAUAUACAGGGGGCUGCCGGCGGACGGCGGCGCGGUUUGGUGAAGAAUAUGAUCGCCUUGCCGCGGCGGGCUGCCGGCGGACGGCGGCGCGGGUCGAGAUUUUGAUGCUUCCUAUUUGGUGCAGUGCGUGAGCAGGAUGUGCGCGUGCCAUCCGGUGGCCGGCGACGUGCAUCCAUAAUUCCAGCGCAAGGAGGAGUAGAGCAUGAUGGAAGAAAAUUCUUGCGAGCGCAGACAAAGUUGUCGUCGUCGGAGAAGGCGCGCACGGACGCAGCGGCGGCACCGAUGGAUGAAUCUUUUACCUCGUCAACCCUGCGCAAGAAAAGGAAAGACGUUCGGCUCCUCAACUGCAGCCGCGACUGCUCAAUCGUGCAGGCCGCUUGGCCUGCCAAAAACAGAGCAUUUUCCAUGGAAUCCUCGGCACCUAACGGUCGUGGCUGGUCGUUGGCGUGGAGUAAUCAGUGCGCGUACCGAUCAUCGGUGCCGUGUGCGUGCGUUUCGGCUAUAGGCUGCCUACGAGAUCUGGUCUCGCGUCCCACGAAUCAUGAAUGAACUGUGCAUGCAUGAUAACGUGGCGUAGGUGGUCUACCUACAAAGACACGGCCCCAGAAUCCCACGAAUCAUGCGUGAGUAUUUCGAGGGUAUGCAGCUGCUUGGUACCACCGGCGGCGUAUCGUCUCCAUGUGCGUCGGCGCGGGCGACGGGACCGCGGCGAAGAUGCCCCGCCGUCCGGCCGGCCGCGCUCCGCCACCGGCCCACCGGAGGUGUUCAAUUGCCGACUGGUGCAUAAUAAUUCGUAGGUAGGAGUACAUUACAAUUAAAGUCGUAGAGUAAGACCCUCAUGGCUAUCCUCUUUUCCAAUGGAAGAUGCUCUGCUCUCCGUGGCGUAAUUCCACUGGAAAGCACAUGAUUCCUC